CUUCCGGCUCUGUAGCGGAUAUUAAGGACGGACUGAAGCUUCUCCUGCCUCUGUACUUGGUCACAUCUUUACUUUAACAGGAGAGGACGCAGUCAUGGCUUCCACAGCGCCCAUUAAGAUUGGAAUAAUUGGUGGUUCAGGCCUUGAUGAUCCAGACAUCUUGGAGGGAAGGACGGAGCGUUAUGUUGAUACACCGUAUGGAAAGCCAUCUGAUGCCUUGAUACUGGGGAAGAUAAAAAAUGUGGAGUGUGUCCUGCUCGCAAGGCACGGGAGACAACACACCAUAAUGCCAUCCAAUGUGAAUUACCAGGCCAACAUUUGGGCGCUGAGAGAAGAGGGCUGUACACAUCUGCUGGUUACCACGGCUUGUGGCUCACUGCGGGAGGAAAUUCAGCCUGGAGACAUUGUCAUCAUAGAUCAGUUCAUUGACAGGACCACAAAGAGAGCUCAGACGCUGUAUGAUGGACAGCCCACCAGUCCUCCAGGUGUGUGUCACAUCCCCAUGGCCGAGCCUUUCUGUAACAGAACCAGAGAGGUUUUGGUGGAGGUGGCGCGGAGUCUGGGUGUUAAGUGUCACGUGCGAGGGACUAUGCUGACUAUCGAGGGGUCCCGCUUUUCCUCGAGAGCGGAGAGCCUGAUGUUCCGACAGUGGGGCGCUGACGUCAUCAACAUGACCACUGUGCCCGAGGUGGCCCUCGCCAAGGAGGCCGGUAUGUGCUAUGCCAGCAUCGCCAUGGCAACAGACUACGACUGUUGGAAGGAACAUGAGGAGGCGACGUCAGUUUCGCACAGCUUCCGAGUGACCUACUCUCUGUCAGACACUCCGGGUAAUGGAGUUGAUAAACUGCGUGUGGGCGAGUUUCUGCUUAUUUGUCACUGAUCCAGCCCAACUCACAACUCCACUUCCGAGUUCCUGCCGCUGACCUCUUCCCCCUCCUGUUGCCGAAUGCUCGCCACAUCCUUCCGCCCACCUACCCCCCCUCCAUUCCCUACCAGAUUCUCACUACCUCCUGGGCCGGC